CAUCAUGUUUAUGCUUUGCUGUCGACAGUGAACGUACAUUCCCACUCAGCCUCCCUCAGCCUCAGCAUCGAUCAUGGACUCCAACCUAGUGGUGGAGAACAUCUACCUCCUGGUCAUGGUCACCCUCAUCAGCGUCCUGCAGAACACCUUCUUUGCCCAGAAGGUAGAGAGGGAAUGCAUUACCCACACACCGGCCUCUGACAGAGUGUCCUGUGCCAAUCGUAACUGCAUGGACGCGUAUCCCACGUUCCUGGCAGUGAUGUGGUGCGCCGGCCUUUGUCUCAAUCAAGCUCCUGCCGCCUUCGCUGGAAUCAUCUACCUUAUGGUCAGGCAGAAGUACUUUGUGGGAUACUUGGGACAAACCUCUCAAAGCACCCCCGGCUACCUGUUCGGAAAACGCAUCAUCUUCUUCCUGUUCCUGAUGUGCGUCGUCGGCAUCUUCAAUUACCUGCUGAUGCGUUUCUUCGGCAACGACUAUCAUGAGCACGUGCAAACCAUCACCAACGCUGCGUCUGCUCUUCUCCUCAUCCCUUAGUGUCGGGCACGUCACAACACCGGCAUCUUUUCACUGAUGACAACUGUUGCAUUAAAACAGGUCAAUGUAUUUGUUUUGUAAAAGCAUUUAUUGUAUUUGAGUUUGGUCAAAAAUAGAAACAACCUCUGAAACUUCUUCAACGUACAAAAUACAAUACAAACGUGUGCAAAUCAG